ACCAUGCAUAGGAAACAGCGUACACACUGUAUAUACACAAGCCCGCACCGGUGUUAAUUUGAUGGCCAUGGUGGUUUAGAAUUUCACAGCGCCUCAAUUCAAGAUGAAUUUCCUCUACAGAUUGGGAAUAUUCCUUAAUAUUCUGUGGAUACAAGCUUUCUUUGUGCCUGGAUUACAGUGUAAUAUGUCAGAGGAAGAUGUUUUGUUCUUGAAGGAUGAGCCUAAUCCAAAGUGUUUCUCUCGGACAACAUUUGAUUUCACCUGCUUCUUCGAGACUGCAGACAACAGGACUUAUAAUUUGUUCUACUCUAUAAACUCUCCAGCGCAGAGGUGCGAAUUAUCCGUCCAGAGAACAGAGAAGGGAACUUUGCUGCACAUCUGCUCUUUUCCUGAAGUUAUGUGGUUUGUUGACUACAUCCUUACAGUCACUGAAUCCUUUACGAACGCCACCAUCUACACUCGGACUGUCUUUAUGAGCGAUCACGGACAGCUGAAUCCUUCAUGGACUUCAAACAUAAAAGACGUACUAGUGAAGUACAGAAUUGAGUACUCCUCUGAGGUCCUUUACAAGGAGGUAGACCUAGAGAAUGAGGACAACACACUGGAUUCUCUGAAAGAAGGCGAGGAGGUUAAAGUGCAAGUCGCUAUUAAACCUGAUUCACCUUUUGAUGGCCCUUGGAGCAGGUGGUCAGAUCCUGCGCGAGCUUUGGUUCCCCAAAGUGCAGAUGACACUGCACUUUUAUGCUUCACCUCUGACCUGAAAAAUGUCACCUGUCACUGGAAUUCAAGCAAAUAUGAUAAAAACAACUUUGGACUUUUUUACCAAAUCCUUCACAGGAAACUUUCAGUUAGGCUUGUGGGCCUCCUUUUCACUGGUCUUAUGAAAGAUUUUUUCUUUGCAGUCAAAACAUCCCCACCAACUCAUCUGAAAAGAAUCCUCAAGAAAGAUAAGUUGUGCUUGAAAUGGGACGCUCCUCUUCCGUCACUGUCAAAUUACCUACAGUAUGAAUUUGACCACCAGCUGAAAGAAUAUGAAGGAUGGAAGUAUUUCCGUCCAGAGAUGUUAAAGGGCCCUAAGACAGAAGCAUGUGUUGAGGUUCCAGCAGGCAGCCAGUACAGAGUCAGGGUCAGAGCUAAACCCACUGGGCAAAUUUACUCUGGCUUCUGGAGUGACUGGUCCAAUGUGUUCACUGGUGAAAACCCCCGUGACUCCAUCAGUUACACAGGCAUGUUGCUCAUCGUGUGUAUCCCAGUGUUUAUACUGAUGACAGCCACCAUCGGCACCAUCGUGUGUGCCCUGCACAUCAGGAAAGUCAAGCAGUAUUUUUGGCCACCAAUUCCAAACCCUGAGAAAGUCUUGCAAGGCUAUCUGACAGAGAUCAACACGCAGAAGAGGGAUCAUCCUGUUCUAGAAAAGCUGUGCUCCGAGGAAAACACCACAUCUGUAGUGGAGAUCAUGUCUGAAGGACAGGUUUCAGAGUUUAGGAAGCCGUCAGAAGAAUUCGCCAAGCUCCUGUCAUCAGAAGGGAGCUUCACCAGCAGCGAACUGGUAGAUGGAAGCCCGGGGACAGAAAUCUUUCCAGACUACGUGACUCUCAACAAAGACAGUAUCUUUCUCUGCUCACAAGCAAACAUUUACAUAUAUGAGCAUGUGACAGAGAAAGGAGACCAUGAGAUAGGAGAUGAGUACCUUCCCACGUGUUCCUGCUCUGAUGGCUCCGUCUGCUUCUCACCUUGCUUAUGCAGUGACCUUCUUAACCAUUCAUAUUUGCCUCUGGCAGAGCCUGCAGAAAAAUUCAGCUGCAAGGUCACUGCUGCGAGGAGUCCCGGAAACAUCUAUACUAACUUUCCAUAAGAAGAACAAAAAGUGUAGCAAGUGUUUUUGUUUGUUUUUUUUGUUUCCAUCAGUGCAAAUUUUCUGUACAGUAACCUCUGCACUUUGUACUGUUUGGCUGUAAGUAAAAAAAAAAAAAAAAGGCUA